UCUUUCAUUUACUGUUUGGACCUCUGGAGGAAAGAAGACACACGCAGAGAGAGACAUCAACACACAGCUGGAUCACAGGCUGUCUGUACUAGACACGUCAGGGAGGAGGUUAUGUGUGCAGGCUGCUCACGAGUUGUGCAACAGGAUUCAGUGUUAAAGGUAAACUUCACAGACAAGACAACAUUCCUCCACAUGAUGGCAUCGGAAUCAGAAUUCAAAGUUCUGUCCUGGAAUAUUCAUGGUCUGAAAACAAGACUAAAUGAAAAAGAAGCUCUACUGGCAAUCUUUGGACAAUACGACGUUGUGCUUCUGCAAGAGACUCAUAUUGGUGAGAAAGACAUUCGUAAAAUCACUGAGGCCUUUGGAGGGGAAUAUGACAUAGAAACACUGAAGGAUAAGGAAUUCAAAGAGCAACUGAAAAGGGAGAGGAAGACGAUGUAUUUGACUUUCUUCAGUUCAAGAAGCAGAGGUGUUGCCAUUCUGUUCAACAAACCACACACACGUCUGGAAGCAAUCUGUGAGGGUGGAGAUUACGCUUGGGUUCAUGCUGAGAUUGACAAUCAGAAGUACACCUUUGUGAGUGUCUAUUACCAUUCUGACGACGACCAUCUAAUCUGUGAUCUCAUGGUAAAGAUUUUCUCCAGUUUCUUAAGAAGUGGCUCAGAAGCUUUUAAAUGCAGGCCUGUAUUUGGUGGAGACUUUAACACAACACUCGAUGACCAGGAUGUGAAGAAAGCACAUAAGCCACGGAGAAAAAGACUGACUAGGUUCAUGAGUAUAUUGCAGCUGUCAGAUGUCUGGAAAGAAAAGCAUGAAGCAGAAUCAAAAAGAUACACGUACCAGUGCAGCAAUCACAUGUCUAGAUUAGACUAUUUUUUCAUGUUAAAACAGGAUCUGAAAUAUGUGCGAAACUGUAAAAUAUGCCAUGAUAUAUUUCUGUCUGAUCAUUUCCCCUUGAGCCUUAGUCUGAAAAUGAGUGAAACUGAUGUUGAAGAGCUGAAUCCCAAACUUUCAUCGUUGAAAGUAGAAGAUUAAAGAUCUAGGGAUACUGCAUACAUAGUGUAGCACCUGGACCAAUCAUACACACAAUUAUUAAUCCAGAAAGUUCUGUGGAGCAUCUCUGAAAUAUCAAUUUACAUCUCAACUAGUCUCAACACUAGUCUAGUCUUAUGAACUAGUUUGACCAACUCGCAGUUAACCAAGGGCUUAAUCUGUCUUACUUUUCCCUUUCCAAUUAGAUAAAUUACUCUUUUAAUAUUAAUUAUUAUAUA